AUGUUAUAUUUACAGUUAGAGAAAGCUAGUGUUGAUCUAUCUAAUAUGGCAGUUAUUUAUUGUGUAGAUGUUGAUUCUGUUCCAGUCUAUACUCAAUAUUUUGAUAUUACUCUUAUUCCAUCAACUCUUUUCUUCUUUAAUGCUCAACACAUGAAAGUAGAUUGGGGGAGCCAAGAUAAUACUAAAUAUAUUGGAAAUUUCAAGAAAAAACAACAUUUUAUUGAUGUAAUAGAGACUAUAUAUAGGGGUGCUAUGAAAGGAAAGUUUAUGGUGACAAGUCCUCUAGAUCCUAGAGACAUCUAUAAAUAUGAUCUUCUAUAUAAAGAAAUAUAGACAACUACUGCUCUGUUUAAGGAUUCACCAUCUGUUUGACCAAUGCAACCUUAGUCUCAAAAACGGGAAUCUAGUCAGUACUAGUGUUCACAUGAACCUCACAUGAACAUGAUCCUUCAAAUCAAUGUGCGGAAUGAUCUGCUUUUGCAAGUUAAUGAUGACUUUUUUUUUGAGACUCACAUAUAUAGAAAAGACAUACAUUGAUUAAGAAAGUAAAAUUUUAGAUUAAGGUAUAUUUGAAGGGAUUAUGUGAUUUCCAUGCAAUUCUUAAACCAUGGCCUUUAAACAUUGAAACAUUAGUGACAGAACACUGUUCACAUCAUGGAUUGUAUAAUAUAUAUUAGCAAGAUUACAGGGUAUGGCAGGAAUAAAGAGUCUGAAGGUUUUGUUUAAAUCUAGACAUUCACUGUGCUGAUAGACUUGACAAGUAAUGUACAAUUGAUAAAAUCCUUCUGUCAUUCUUAUUCAGAAUUUAAAUAGGUGGGUCAAUGUAAAUGUAAAACUGACAUUCAAAUAAAUAUGUGAAUUAU